AUGCCUCCUCCUCCUCUUCCUGCAUCUACUCCUUCCCGGAACAAACGUGCCGCUUCAGGCAGCAUUGAGACCUCGCCGGAGGAGAGGAGGGUUAGGUCAAAGCCGUCAGCCGAGAGCAACAGCUCGAACGAGGGCGGGGUCAGCAGCCAAGCCCGAUGGAAGAAGGUUAAAACCAAGGAAGGACGGACGGCUGAGGAGUACUUGGUCGAGUGGUUGUGUGAUGGAGAGAACUAUACCAGGUGGAAGAACACCAACGGGGUUGGGAAAGAGGGGAUGGGACAGAAGAUCCUCGACCAGAUGGGCGAGGCUGGCUUUGAUCUGGCGGGGUGUAAGAACGUAUCGGGAUUGAUCUCGAAGAUCAAGUACAUCAUCAAGGUUUGGAGCCAAGCGCACGAGGAGUUGCAGCAGACGGGGAGCGGCAGUACGGACUCGGAUAUGGAGAGCCAGGACCCCGAUGAACGAGUCAAGACGGCGGCCUGGCAGGCCAAGUUUGAAGCCAGAUACCCGUACUAUCGUAUGCUCGAGCCAAUCUUGGGCAGCCGAACCCUUUACGACCCCAAGUGCGUCCUCGACUCUUCCCGAACCGAUCAACGGCCCCUUGAACAACAACUCGGGAUCGAGGAUGGCGUUGCUCUACCUGGCAGCCGAUCUCGUAGUCAGGCUCCCCGCACCCCUCAGAAGAGGAACGCUCCUCCCACCGAAGAAAACUCCUUUGGAGGUGUCAGCGGGGACAUGGAGAGUGAUCCUGAUAUCAUUGCGAUGAUGAACGGGACCGACGAGUUUGAUGACGACGAUGGCGUACCGACCGGCCCUGGCUUCCGUUCUCUCGCCGCAACACCAAUCCAGCAGCGCUCUCCUAGCUCCUUCUCCACCAGCUCCAGGGGAUCAAUCUCUGCGUCCGUCUCCGCCGCAAGUCGCCAGGUCGCCAAGGAAAGCGCCAAGAAGAAAGGCAAGGGUCAGGAUGACGCCAGUGCCCCCAUGGCAGCGGCGAUGCUGAAGCAGUCUGAGAUCGACGAGAAGACCUUUGAGGCGGACCAAGAGUACCGCAAGCAGCUGCUUGAGACCAAGGCGGAGGAGAGGAGGUUUGAGGAACGCAGGGUGGUGAUCGAGGAGAGGAAGUUGCAGCAGGAAUUGGCGGACAGGGAGGCGAUUCGAGAACAGGAGCGAAGCAAGAACGAGCACUCGCAGAGGAUGGAAAGGAUCAACGCGUAUCUCCAGCUGAGGAAGGACGGCAUGAGUGCCAAACAGGCCAAGAGGUUGGCCGGUAUCACCGACGAGAUGGACGAAGAUUAG